GGAAUGUAAGUAAACGCAGCUCGGUCGAAGCGAGACAACGUGAGCCGACGUUAUUGCUUUGUUCCAGAUGUCACGUGUCUCCGAGAUAACCUCACAACCCAUACAAUCCGAUGCAGUGAUUCAAGUUUCAAAAGCCUUUUCGUCCACAGCACUCUUUAUUCCAAAUGCCUUUCCCAGCAAAACUUCCGAACUACUUAUUUUGUCCACAUGCAGACAACCCGCCCCAAGCGUAUAUUUCGUUCGCAGUGCAUACUGCCAAGCCGGCCCUCCUCACUUGGGCACGUUAGCGGCUUUAUUACAUGCUUACCUGGGCAUACUUUAACUCUGUCGCCCCUCAUGUAGUCUUUCCACAGUGUUCCGAGUUUUCGGCAAUCCUUUUCUCAUCACCUGAAAGACUACAACCCCACACAAUUCUGCUGAUUUCGUCACGCUGCAGAUAACAUGGACACGACGCUGUCUCACUUUGUCAACUCAUUCCGAGGGACGCAGGGGGCUGCUGUGGCAGUGGCUCUAUCAGUUGGCCUUAUCUUGCUCACGAUAUUGCAAUAUGCAACCAGGCCGCAGAAGUCAGUUCCGGCAAACCUGCCUCUCAAGGUCGAAGCCUUAUACUUCUAUCCUGUCAAAGGGCUGAGGGGCUGUGAGCUAAAGCACGGCAAGAUUGGCCCCCUUGGUUUCGAGUACGACAGGACCUUCUGCCUGCAAAAGGUCCAUCGCGAUCCUGAUACCAACGAGGUCAAACGUCUCGAGUCUAUGUUUAGCGGGUUCCACCUCCGGAUGGUGCUGUUCUCAACGCGUCUCGAGGAUUCCCCGGACGGCAAAGGUCGGGACGUUGUCGUCACCUGGACGGGUCCCGAAGAGGCCAAAGGACGCGAAAAGCAGAUCCGAUUUCCACUCCGGCCGCAGUUGGACACUCUGGAAAAGAACCGUGUUGACAUGUAUGGUGCCAUUACCGACGCGUACGACAUGGGAGCCGGCUUCUCGGCCUGGUUUAGCAGCUAUCUGGGCUUCGAAGCCCGUCUGGUUCAUCUCGGGCAGAAUUCCCGCCCCGUUCUGGGCUCAGGCGCGCCACACAGCGAUCAAGCCUUUCGUAAGAGCUUGCCGCCGGCGGCAUAUAGCGUACGCCGCUACCUCGUCCCGUCAUUUCUCAAGCAGAAGUCCGAGAGAAUCAGCUUUGCAGAUAUGGCUCAGUAUCUGGUGGUUACGGCCGAGUCCAACGCAGAAGUCGGCAGGCGGCUCCGGGAGACGGACCCGUCGGCCGGGGGUGUGCAGAUGGACGUCACCAAAUUCCGGCCAAACAUCGUGGUGUCUGGAAGUCCCGCACCUUUCGACGAGGAGUAUUGGGCCGAGCUGCGCUUUGCAGGUGGGGCACAGAUUGCGCUGACCGGAAACUGUCUGAGGUGCCAGUCCAUCACUGUCGACUACGAGACGGGCAAGCCAGCCGCUGAUGUGAGGGGCCAGGCAUGGAAGAAACUGAGCAAGGACCGAAGAGUUGACAAGGGUUGUACCUUUAUGCCAGUAUUCGGAAGGUACGGAUACAGUCCUGUGUCGAAUAUCGGGGGGGAAAUACACGUCGGCGACGAGGCCCUGCUGACACGCAGGAACCGAGAUCGAACGGUCUUUGAUUGGCCGUUGUCCAAGGCUGUGGCCACCAUGUACGAACGAAGUUCAAAAUAGGG